CGGAUUUGUGACAUUUCAGAGUGAAGAUGUAGUGGACAAAGUUUGCGAAAUUCACUUUCAUGAAAUCAAUAACAAAAUGGUCGAAUGUAAAAAAGCACAGCCCAAAGAAGUGAUGCUUCCAGCGAAUCUGGCCAAAACGCGCACCGCCGGGCGUGGGACAUACGGUUUCCCCGCUGCCGCAUACGCUGCGUACGCAGCCGGUCGUGGCUUUUCCGGCUACCCGAGCUUUGGACUACCGUACCCAACAGUUGACAUCACCAAUGGGCAAUUGACACCAAACAACAACACACCGUUACUGACGCAGGCUCUUUCGGUGAUGAACAACUACCAGGCCGCCGCAGCAGCUGCCGCACAAGGCUUUGGCCCGCCAGCAUCGCCACACACCACCACCACCCGGACCGCAGCCGGCUUCCCGAACGCCAACUCGCCCGGACCGACGAUCGACAUGUACAGCUCGAGCGCGGCGGACAGCGUCGGUUACGUUCAAGCCACCAGCCCGCAGCCAUCCGGAUUCCCAGCGAUCGCCGUCAGCCGUGCCCCGCUAAAUUACAGCCCGGGCCAACUAAUUCCAGCGGCAUUCACCAAUGGCUACCAUUGAAACAAACUAAGCAAUAUUUGAUCACCAUCGCUAGUACUUUGGACUGGAGUUUGAUAAACACAGUAAGCUUGUGAGCGUGAAUUUGCCUAACUAAAAACAUUGAGAAAAAACACUAAGCGUGCAUGAAGCGAGCGAGAAAACACAAAACCACCCGAGCCCAACACAACAUAAAGCACAACAUCCCUUUCUGCAGUGACCCAGUUGAAGUACAGCAGCAGCAACACCGCAACCCAAAGUCUUCGCGCUCUUAUUGUCUGCAGCAUCGGUUGGGCGACUGCUUGCAAGUGGUUACAAGGACGAUAAAUCGUGUUUGUGCCAAGGAAGAAAUUAGUUUCAUUUGGACGGACGAGAAUGCGUAAGAAAUGCGGAGGAAGGAAGGAAACGUACGGUAUGAUACUUUGAUUUGUAAUUAAUUUACCUUACAAUGGGAUGCGGUUUUAAAAGAACCAGGAAAGUGAAAUAAUUUAACACAGAGUUGAGUUAAGGAAUGGGUAAAAAAAAGAUAGUUAUUGAGAUAAAUUCGGUUACAACUGUGACAGUGCCCAAAUGAUCGCUUGUGGAAGCGAAAUGCUUCGAGCGGUAGAAAAACUUUUGAUUUAAUUUUAACGUUAGAAAAUAUUUUACACAUUAUAAAUGCCUUAAAAAUCGAGAAUCGUUAUUGUGUUGAGGCUUAUCUUCGGUGUUUAAUUGUAACUCGUAAGCGAUCAGCAACAAAAUUAAGCAAUAAUUUCCUUGAACCAGCUGGAUUGCCUGUGGUUGUGUGCUGCGUUUUGGUGUAAGUGGUCAAUUAAAGCACACACAUACACAGAAUUCCACAUUUGUUGCCCGGAACAGACUGCACGAAGAGAACGCAAUUGCAGCAAAGUAUGGUGGUGAGCUCACCUUUUUUCCUUUUUUUGUGCGACAGCAACUCAGGAUGGCAUGAAGCAAAGGAAAAACAUUGGCUUCGAGUGUGUGCAAACAUCGUUACCGUUUCUCGAUUUGUCUGUAUUCUGUUUCCUGCUUUUGAAGCACAUAACAUGCACAGCACACACAGUAUUACUGUUGCUGCUAUCUACUGUUGAUGUUGUUGAUGUCUAUCUUCAACUGCACUGCGAAACCUUGUUUGUGUUGUGGCCAUGCACGUAGCUUUUGCUUCUUUAGUGCCCCGUUCGGAAGUCCAAAACAUCGCUUCCUUCCUGCUCUGUCCUCCUUCUUAAGGUUCAAUCUACCACUUGUGUGGAGGACAGCUCAAAGGUGUUCGGGAGAGAGCAAAAGCAAAAAUGAAAACAUGAGCUCACUGCAAAAUUGUGAGUAAAACAACAACUUUAGCAAAACGAAAUGGCAAAUUGCACGAAACAAGCCAAACAAGCAAAUGGUCACGAAAAAGUCAGAUAAUGGAAACGAGUUGAAAAUGAAGUUAAAUAACAACAACAAAAAAACACACCCACAAACACACAAACAGAAAGAAACAAUGUUGCAGCCCAAGGUACGUGCCACAGGCGAGCGCAAUAAACGAUAUAUACAACUCGAUAUACUAAAUUGAAGCAGAAGAGCAAGCAAAAAACAUUCAACCACACACACAAACACACACAUUAUAUACAUAUAAAAAUAUGUUAAGGUAAACAGAAAACAACACACUACAACUUCACUUGUUUAAACUAUGAGCUAAACGAAACAAACAUCAACACGAUUUGUUUUCAAAGAAAAACAACAAAAACAAGAAAAGAAAAGAAAGAAGAGAGAAAAAACACACACACAAACACAAGAAAACCCAAUUUGUUAUUAUGAAUAAUUACUAUUUACUUAAUGUCUUUUUGAAUUUAAGCCAAUUUAAAAAGCAAAUACUUAGCUAAAUGAAAAACAAAAAAAGAAAACAAAAAAGAAAACAAAACAAAGAAUAUUGCAUCGUGCAAAAAAGGAACAAACAAAACAAACAAAAAAUCAUCAAAAGAACCAAAAAUUUACCAUUUCUAAAUGCAAACACAUACAAUACGCCUCCCAAGCUCCGCCUUUCACCUUCUCCUACUCUAUUUUUCCCCUAUUUCCCCUCUAUUCUCCUCAUCAUUAGCUGGAAGACAGACGGACAGAGAUCGAGCUAGAUAUAGAUAUGAAUUCAUUGGUGGACUGCACUGGCCGGUGCACUGUCCUUGGACUGUAAUGCCUCCAUACUGCACUAGGCAAUUGGCAGGUCAAUGUACUCGAGGACAGUAGCGGUUCACCGUUGUAUAGGCAAUCUAACACACGAUUGCAAAGGGCAUAAGCCCCUUUUUUAUCCAUGUGGAUGUGUAUGUGUGCUGCAAGAGGCACACUUUCAGCUGACACUGGACCUCUUCCUUCUUUCCCCUUCCUCCUGCUCAUCAUAGCGAUCCUACCCGACCCAACCAAAACGACAACAAAAAAUCCGAACAAAUAUUUGACCUAAACGAACACACGAAUACACACACUAUCAAUUAUUGAACAAUUAUUACGUUUGCUACAAGCAUAUUAAGAUUAACGUAACUUUUUUUAUAAUGUAAAACAACAAGAAGAAAAAAAGAACAAGAAUGGAAUGCUAGUGGUCUUAGGUAUAAAAAUAUAAAUAUAUGAAUAUAUAUAUUUAUUGAAGACAGAAUACAGGCAGGCGAAUGAUUAGCGGAAAUGCGAGCCAGCGUAAAAACCGUAAAAUCACAUAAACACACCACUUACCCUCCACUGGAGGCCGGCAGGACGUUGAACACAAAAAACAACCAGCAAUUUACAGAAACGUUUUACACACAACGCAACAUUUUUGUGCAAAACACCACACGGCGAGAACAGAAGGACAAUUUUGUUUCAUCUGUUUUGUUCUCGCUCUGUCUCUCUCUGUUAGCAAAAUUGCUAAAUUUGCUAAAAACUGCAACCGACAGUGAUGCUGUGCGGGUGUGUUUUGAGUCUAAGACACAACCAAGCUGAGGGAAAAAAGCUGCAAACAUAUACAUACAAUUUUACCACUUUUAAUCGUCGCUCGUUACUUUUUACUGUUUCUUCUUCGUUUCUAUUCCUGUUUCCUUUUGUCAAACCUUUCCGUGGAAAGGUGAAACGAACAUGGUAAAAUAAUAUAAACAAGGUCAGCUGUGCGUGUGUGUGUGUAUCGACGGGAGGGGAUGGAAAACCAAAUCGUUCGGCAUCGUAAAGCUGAACCAAACUCUCAAAACACUUAAAAAAAUACACACACGCACACAUGCAAGAGCAAAUAUUAUAGUAAUUGAAAUUUUUUCCCCCAAAAAAACAAAGGAAAGAAGUCGAAAAAGAUUGAUGUUUGUAUGAAAUAGAUAUGGAGAAAAUAUUAAGUAAAAGCCCUGAAAAAUGUGGACGGUGAAAACGCAAUAAUUGUUAUAUUAGUACGAUCGGAGAAGCAUUACAUGGGCAGUGGGAAGGCAGAAUUAAGGCAGGAGCUAGUAUAGAGCUGCUGCAGACGAAUCGGGGCUGCCUUGGCCCAAAAAGCUAAUAAAAAUUAUAUAAAAACUUACGACAGUCCUUACGAAGCCACACUACAUUCGGUGGACGUUCCCUCGGUACUGUCUCCGUAACUCUCUCUCCCCCCACAUACACAUCCACACUCUCAUACUCACUACUAUCACUCGUCACUCACACGCCAUCACAGUGUGCUGGGUACAAAAGCAAAUAAAUAAAUCAAUUGAUACACAGCACACUACCCAGUGACGUUCUGGAACUCCACGAUUCAUAUACCAUAGCAAGCUUAAAUAACAUCUACAUCGGUCAAUCCCGAUUUUUCAAAAUUUGGGCAGACAGAGCGAAAACAGGUUAAAAGAAAACAUCCUUCAGGGUUUGAAACACUUUUACACCUUACACCGAAUAAUGGGGUUGAAAAACACUCAACGUAUGCGCACGCUCAUCCACGCCACCUCAUAUUUCACACAUCGCAGUAAUGAAAGGAAAAAUAUACUUCAAACAAGACAACCUUCACAACAAACAACGUCACAUCAUUUUAAGCGAAUCUAAGCGAUACUCCCCCAACCUCCACAAACGAUUCAACUCAUGAAACUCAACCAAAUUAAUGAAAUACGAAGAACGGAAACACGGUGAAGCAAACACAAACCAUCUUUAGCACAUACAUUCGAAAGUAAGCUAGAGGAAGAGGGGGAAAAACAAAACAGAACAGAACAGCAAACCAAAAAUAAAACAACAAAAAAUCACACUUGUAAAAUAUUAUAAAUAUAUAAACUAUGGCGAAAGUGAGGUAACAAUGGGAAAAAAUAACCAUGCAAAGCGAGCAAAGAAAAUAGAGAGCGAAGGUAGAAAACAGAGAACAAAUGAAACCAUCGCGUGGGAAACCGUUUAGGUUAAUAAUACUGGAAGGAUCCCAUUUGCAAGGUAAUAAUAGAUAAAGUGACAGGAUUCCAAUUCCAAGUGAAGAAAUAAAAAAAAAAACAAACGAUGAUUAACAAAACAGAAAACCAAACGCAAGUGAACGAAACGGGGGGCGAUAGAUGGGAAUAGUAAAGAGAACAGCAUGAAUAUGAGAGAGAGAGAAAAGGGAGCGCAGGAGAAAGAGAGAAACAAAAGGGAUUCCCAGCAAAAAAAAGAGAAAAAAAGAACAACACACAUACACAUACAAGCAAACGCGAAAAAAAUGGAGCAAAGCUGUGGGAGAAAGAAACAAAUCUUAGUUAAAUAUAAAUUAUAUUAAAAUUUAAAUUAAAUAAUUGAAGGAAAAAAAGUAAAACAAAUAUUUAAAAAUACUAUGAUAAUAAAUUACAAUUAUUAUAAAUUAAUUUUUAUCAUAACUGAACAAACUGGCACGAGCAGUUAUAAUGGGCCACAAAGAGAAAACAAACAAGCAAAAACGAAAGGAAAAUCCAUGCAGGUCAUACACGCGCUUGCAAAACAUUGGUUCGAGAGCGUGUACGAGUGCGGACGGAAAAGCAAAACAAAACAAAGAAGCAACUGCGGUCUAGGAAAAGAAAAAAAAGCUCUAGGGUAACUUUUGCCAAGUCGGUCUGACUCCCUGUGUGCCGGACACACCCAACCCGCAAACCCUUGUGAGCCUUGUUUGAUUCGGAUUCUGCCUCAGCGGAAUCAUCAAUUUGCCUGGUCAAACUACCUUCUUAGAGUCCGCCGAUCCGGGAAAGGUAUCAUAGUACGUGGGGAUACACCAAACACACAUACAAUACACACACUCACACACACACACCAACACAGACACAUUAAUGAGGGGCGCAACAAGGACACGUUAAGCAUAAUAAAGUAAGCACCAAGAAAAAACCUGUGCCCGUUGGCGUGCUAUCCCGGUCGAUCGCGGUGCCGUUCAGUAUCUCUGUUUCUCUCUCCCAUCUGAUGUAACGAAUGUAACAAACACAAACAGUCACCAACUGCAACAUACAGCAAGCAACAAAUAACGGUUAUAAGAAAACGAAGCAACAACAAAAAAACACACACACAACGUAAGAAACAAACCAUUUUCUCUAACUCUAUGCUAAAUAACGUAAAGUUUAAAACCACAUCCCAGCAAAAAACAAACACACAGAAAUAAGGUAAACCAUACCGUACCGCGCAUACAACUCUAUACCGCAAAACAAAACAAAUGCCUGAUAUGUGAAGCGAAGGAAAGAGACGAGAGGUAAAAAAAAUGCAAAAACCCAAAACCAAAAAAGGAAUGAAUAAAACGCUAAAACCCCACAAUUUUUCUUCAGAAAACAAUAACUUACAAGAGGAAAUCUAACUGAAAUAAAAACAAAACACACUCAUACACACACGCUCACACAAAUCCUCACCAACAGAUAUACUGAAUGAAACAGAAACAAAAACAAAAAAUAACAAAAUGAACAAAUACAAUUAACAAUUGUGAAUUAUGAUGAUUAUUACCAAUUAUUGCUAGCUAGUAAAAGCAGAAAGAAAAAACCAGAAUACCGCUCUCGGUGGUAAACCAAAAACGGUACCAUGGACCCAUGGAACACAAGUAAAAGAAUGGGAUGGAAGAAAGGAGGAAAGAAAAGAAUCCAAAAAAACUAAAACCAAAAAAAAGAAACAAUUCGAUACAUGGAGAUACAUUUACGGGAGCGCAUGCACACUUUAAAACAUAUUCUACUUUUAUUAAGCAACAAAACAACAACAAGAAGAAAAAUGGAGAAGAAGGUAAGCAAGUCCCCACCAACCAAUACAAAAUAAAACAGAAAAAAAGAAAGGAGGUGAAGAAGAAAGAAAAAGAAAAAAAAGGAAGGAAGAAGAAAAAAACAAAAAAAAACAUAACAAAACUCGUUCACUCGGUCACGGUCGAUGAGGGCGCAAUGAGGAUGUGAUGGGAGCUAAAGAGUGUAGACGGUUAAGAGGUGUGGUCCGUGGUCUAGCUUCGGCACCAGGAAUAGCAGUCCAGACCAGUGAAACUGACACAUUUACACAUACACGAAAACAUACAGACACACACACACAUACAAAUGAAAGCGCGCGAGCCCCCGGGGCACUAGCAAAAAAAACCGCGGGGACCAGGCAAAGCAAAGCAAACACAAAAUGAAACAAACAUAAAUACACACACACACAUGCGAUGGAGGCGCACAGGCACGAAUUGCGAAAAAAAAGGAGAACAGAAAUCGAAGUUACAAAGUCGUAAGAGAAGGUACACUUUUUGGGGGAGGGCGAAUGGCAUCACAAGGUGAAAAACAAAAAAGAGCGAAUAAUAAUCAAUUUCACACACAUCAAAGACAAAAAAACCAAAAAAAAAA